UGGCAACACUGGCAACGAAUUAUUUCGUAAAACUAAAAACUCGUAAAUUGUAAAAGGGAAGUGCUUAUCGAUGGUGGGCAAACAACUUUAGUUUGUGAUUUUUCCAGUGAAUUACUUAGAUAUCAGGGUUCGUUCUUAAGAGUUUGUGAACUGUGUGAUGGUGAACACCCGUAGGAAGGAUUCUAAUGGUUCACCCCCAGGUCCAAUACAUCGGACUAGGGGGAGCCUUAGGUUGAUUAAACCAGAGCAGGAGGAAGGAAGCAGAUCUUCAACAGUUGAAGAUAGUGACAGUGAAGAUUCUACUGCCAAAGAUUCCUCUUUCAACUUGCCAUUGAAGCCUAAAGAACCUAUCGAAUCUUCCACCUCACUACCUUCCAGACAACUACGUAGUAGAAGAUUUGGAUUCUCAGGCAGAAAUUUUAAUGCUCAUUCAGUUGGUAGCAACCAUAAUAGAAGAUCCUUAGAUGAGAGAAGAUCAUUAGCUGUUUAUUCCCAUAAAAUGCAUGAUGAUUCUGAAGAUUCUGAGGACGAGAUAUACACAGUUAGGGGAAGAAGAUCCAAACAUCUAAUAAGAAUGAGCAGGAUGCAGAGACGUUCCGCAUUAUCUCUAAGGCCGAUAAGUCAGAAAUCUUAUGCAGAUCCAAAUUCUCCUCUGCAUUUCAACUCUGAUAGUGAAGGUGGCGUUAGGCGGAGCAAACGAAAGCGCUCGAACCUGUCAUGGCUGGCCGACAGCCAGAUGCACAAGGUGGGCUACCCUAACCUCAAUGCUGGCUACUCGGAAGAAGACAGCCGAGACGCUGUCGAUGCGGUGCACGCGGAACUGGAGAUGACCAGAAGGGUCACGAGACGAGGCAGGAAUGUCCAGAGUUCCAAGUACUUGUACGAUUAUGAAACAGAAGGUGUUCCUCAAAGAGAAUUCAAUAGACGUCGAAGGAAAACCCGACGCAGACGGGAAUCGAACGACAAGGAAAAUAAAGAACACCUGUUGAAUGGCCGACUCAGAAGUUCUGCGAAAACCGACAAUUAUGAGGAAAACAAAGAAGGCGAGACAGAGAAUAAUGAAGAAGUUGAUGAAUCCAACAAAGAUGCUGGCCAGGAAGAGAAAGAGGAACCCAAAGUUAAUGGGGAAAGAGCUGAAUCUGAAAAGGAAAAUGAAGAAAUCAAGCAACCCCAAUCCAGUGGGACUGAGGAUGAUCAGGAUAACAUCCCUCUGACCCGUUUGAGAACAACCAGGACUAGAAGUAACAACAGAACAAACCCUAUGUAUUCUACGAGAGCAGUAGGCCAUGUUGGAGGCCCUGUUAGACCAGAGAAAGUGAUGGAAUCCAGUUCAUCGGAAGAGGAGGCAGAAAGAAAGUAUUCUUUAAGGGAUCGAAGACCAAAACCUCCGCCGAAAGUUAUGCAAAAAACAAUAUUGAGAAAUAGAGAAAUGGAAAUGAGAACUAGAAGGCAUUUCACCAGAAGGAGGCGACAAGUUUCAGAUAGUUCUAGUGAUUCCACCUCUUCAGAUGUUCGUUGCAGCAAGCCGCCCAAGAGCCCGCACUCCAAGAACGAAAAGAUGAAGUCUGGCGCGGGCGGCAGCACCAAAAUAGUGCCCAUCAAGCCGGAGACGCUGGACGCCAGCGUGCGGUUCAGCAGCGUCGGCGGGCUGGACGGGCACAUCCAGUGCCUCAAGGAGAUGGUGCUGCUGCCCAUGCUGUACCCCGAGGUGUUCGCCCAGUUCCGCAUCCAGCCGCCCAGAGGGGUGCUCUUCCACGGACCGCCAGGUACCGGUAAAACUAUGAUCGCUCGAGCAUUGGCCAAUGAAUGCAGCUUCGGUCACAGGAAAGUGUCGUUUUUCCUCAGGAAAGGUGCCGACUUGCUCAGCAAAUGGAUAGGAGAAUCGGAAAAACAACUCAAAAUGUUGUUUGAAAAAGCGGCUGAAAUGAAGCCGUCGAUCAUCUUCUUCGACGAGCUGGACGGUUUGGCGCCCGUGCGUACAUUUCGGUCCGACCAGGUGCACGCCAGCAUCGUGUCCACUUUGCUGGCGUUGAUGGACGGGCUUUCGGACAGGGGUGAGGUCAUCAUCAUCGGCGCUACCAACAGGAUAGACGCCAUCGAUCCGGCGCUGAGGCGGCCCGGAAGAUUCGACAGGGAGCUGCUGUUCCCGUUGCCGUCGAGGAGUGAACGCGAAGAAAUCCUUAACGUCCAUACAACGUUAUGGUCUAAACCGCCUAGCAAACAAAUGUUGGGCUAUCUGGCAGAGAAUACCGUAGGAUAUUGUGGCUCAGAUUUGAGGGCUCUAUGCUCGGAAGCUGUGAUACAAAGUUUCAGGAAGACUUAUCCUCAAGUGUACAAUUCUGAGCAUAGGUUACUGUUGAAUCCUGAAAACGUCAAGGUUGAAAAAGUUGACUUUAUGCGAGCCAAAUCUUUAUUAGUUCCCGCUUCACAAAGGGUGGCGCAAGGUUUAGGAAGAAAACUAUUUCCUGUAUUGGAACCCUUAUUACAGGAUUCUCUUAAAAAAUCCUUGAGUAUCUUAGAACACACAUUCCCACAUGGAUUGAGUGCAAGUUUAGCUAAGGUUAAAUUGUCUCCAAAUGUGAGACCAGCUCAAUUGAUCAUAACAGGAAACGGUUCUGGGCAUGGCCAAACUUCGCAUUUAGGUCCAGCAAUUUUAUUCAAAAUGGAACAUAUCCAUGCCUAUUUACUGGAUCUGUGUAUGUUAUACCAGGAAACCGGUAGAUCUGCAGAAGAAGCUUGUAUUCAGGUCUUUGGUGAAGCUAGGAAAAAUGUUCCGAGCAUAGUAUACAUUCCAAGUAUCGACAAAUGGUGGUGUUUAGUGUCGGAAACGGUCCAUGCCAUUUUCAAAGCUCAACUGGCACAACUGGACCCGAACAUACCGAUUCUGUUUCUAGCUACUUCCGAAACUGUCUAUAGCAAUUUGCCAGACGAUGUCCAAUCGAUAUUCUCGCACUACCGCAAAGAAGUCCAGGAGCUGCGGCCGGCCCCUCCGGACCGCCGCCGCGCCUUCUACCGCCCCCUGAUCGUGGAGGGUGGCGCCGCGCCGAUGCGGUGCUUCCGCGAGCGACCAAAGGCGCCGCCACCGCUGCCGAGAGCGCCGACGCCGGUGCCGGCGCCACUAACGGAGGCGCAGGCGAAGCUGUUGUACGAGACGGAGGAGCACACGUUGAGGGAGUUGAGGAUUUUCUUGAGGGACGUAUGCAAGAAGUUGGCCAACAACAAGCUGUUUUACAUGUUCACCAAACCGGUAGACACCGAAGAAGUUCCCGACUACACGACCAUCAUAACGCAACCCAUGGAUCUGGAGACGAUGAUGACGAAAGUCGACAUCCAUCGUUACGAGUGUGCCAAAGACUUCUUGAACGACAUUGAACUGAUAUGCCAAAACGCUCUGGAAUAUAACCCUGCCAGGUCUUCUGCCGAUAAACAAAUCAGACAUAGAGCAUGUUCGCUUCGCGAUUAUGCAUACACUCUGAUAAAAACGGAAAUGGACACGGAUUUCGAAGAUAAGUGCCAGGACAUCUCGAAAAAGAGGAAGGCGAGAAAACAUUGCGCCACCAAAUAUCUGCCACCUUACAUCAACACUCCAGAAGCCCCGUUCAAUCACGAUCAAUCGAUGGAGAUUCCGGAAAACCUCCAGAACGGAGACCACAAAGAGACUAUCAAGUCGACGGUGAAAAGUGAAAGCAGAACGCCGAUGAAGAAGCGGAAACGGAUAUCGUGGAAGAGAGGCGAAUUGACCAAGAGGAAGAAAAAACGGACAUCAGAUAUAUCUCUACAACAAACUGAAGGAAAACUGUCAUCUGAUGACGAAUCCAAAGAGAUCGAGACUGAGCUCAAGGCCGAUCCGGCCGCCAAUUCCGUGAUUCCUGGCAUCGACCCCGCCGAUCCGGCGGAGUCGGCAGCGAUGGCAACGCCGCAAGUCGACUCUGGCCAUCUAGUGGUCGACAACGAAAUCACCACCCCCCUCACCAUCGACUGCGAUUCAUCCGGUGCCCGUAAAUCGAAUGCAUCGAGUCCAUUGCAGUCACCAAAAAGAAGACUGAGUGACCUGUUGAGCCCGUCAGAAUUGCUAGACAACCCUCUGGAUUUCGAUGAUGUAGAGGAGGCUUUAAACGAAAAUGUUUCGGAGAAUAUAAAAAAUAGGAAGCCGAUCGAGUGUCCAUUAGCGGAAUUAGAGAAAGUUUUGGACAAGGCUGUGGAUAUAACCGAUGGCUGUUCCUUGGUCACACUCCUCGAUCUGUACAAUCAGCUGAGUAGGAUAAUCAAGAGUUAUUCCAGAACUACUUCUAGAAAUUCUCUUCCAAAGGAAUUAUCUAAAGAACUGGCAAGGUUCAAGAAACAAGAAACUUCUAACAAAUCUCUUUCGUCCACUGCUGCCAUAUAGGUUGUGUUUUAAUUAGGGAUAUUUAUCUGUACCAUAAGUAUUUAUUUAUUUUCGGUGUACUAUAAUUACUUUUAAUGAUUUACUUUUUAGUUUUUAUAUUUAUCUGAACCAUUUGCCACCAAAGAUUAUGUGAAAAUUUCGAUGUCACACUGCCAUGAGAUGUUAAUUUUCGGGACUUAUUUUGUAUGGAUUUUAUGUAAAUAUGUGCCUUCCUGAUAAUUUCAAAUUGUUGAAUCUGAACCCCACUUUAUGACUUGAUGAUAAUGAAUUAUAAUCAGUUGUAUCAUAAUAAUGAAAAUUAUUGAGUUGAUGCAAGUUCUUUUAUUUUUGUUCCUAUCAAAAAACAACACUGCUUGCCCUAGAUAUAAAUAUUAUAAUGUUCCUAAUCUUCCCUAAUUAUUUAGUGAUACAUUUCCGAAUGAAAAAGAAAAAAAGAUUAUUAAACAGGGUAUAAAAGUGGAAUGGAGUUGUUAAUAGAUAACAUACAAAAAGUAAUAACUUUGUAGAAAUAUAUCUAAAUUAUCAAUAAAUAUAUAAAUGCUCUGAAACCCUGUUAACCUGACAUAAUCAAUUUUACAAAUUCCUCAUAAUUUACAUUACCCUGUGAAUCUUCUUGGCCUUGGAGAAGUUGUUC